ACUGCGCCACUAUAUAAAGAGACUGCCUGGUCAACACUGACAGCAACUGCGAGUCGCGAGCUUCAAAGGCGUCGCACAGCUUUUUGACGUCUUGACAUCCCCGUAAGGACUAAACGAGGACGAUCAGCCGGCGCUGUUCUAACGCAGUGGGUGCAAGCACACCAUGAGAUUCACUAUUGAACUCGUUGUCAUCGUUGUCGCUGUAGUCACCGCCAGGACCAGGAGUAAGCGGGAGGCCUACGAUCUCCCGGAUGGUGCAGAGCUCAUUGUGGGGAGCAUCAAGACGACCUUCGAGUGUCCGGCGAAAAACGGCUACUUCGCCGACGUGGAAAAUGAGUGCCUCAUCUUCCACGUGUGCAACGUUGUCACGUACCCUGACGGCAAAACUGAAAUCCAGCAGUUCAGCUUCUUUUGCGGAAACCAGACGAUGUUCAACCAGCUGAGCCUGACGUGCGCAUUCCCGGAGGAAGCUGUGCCGUGCCAGAACGCACCCGACUUCUUCUAUGUGAAUGACAACAUUGGCAUUCCGGAUGCUCCGUUCUUGACGGAUGCGGACGUCGAGAAGGCGUCCGCGCUCAUCGCCAGCGCCAGAAAGAGCAAGGCCUAAGCAUGCCCAAAACGUUUAGCAGAUGGACAAGAUCGUACCCUUGGUGCCACUUUCUCAUGACCACUGAACCCAGUGCAUUCCGAAUGCAGUUCUGUCCAUUUGGAACGAGCUGGUAGUUGUAAUAUGAUAGCACCGGCUGGGCCCACUUGCGCACCAGCCUAUUGGGAGAUCGGGCUUCACACAACAUGAUAACUUGUUCAGCAUGACACCCUUGACAUAAUACAGUAGCUAUAACACACUGUUUCUAAAGACAUUCACUCCCGUUGUUUUAACGAAGGGCAGUAGCGUACAAAUGUCGUAUCGAAUGAAAGAAAGCUUUACAAGCAGGUUGUGUGCAAUGCAUCAUAAAUAGCACUCAGAGGAAAUGUGUAGCCCUCAACGUACUGUUGAAUCACAGCAAGCAAUUCUUACCUUAUUUUCCGGCUGCUGAUAUUACAAUUGCCCCUACGGUUUUUAUUCUGGUAAAUGUGUUGCUGUUCCGGAGAAAUGCGAUAACGCCGUGAACGCAUGUAGAGGCAUGUGGCCCGAAGCCCCUCGUUUUGAAGACGUGUCCCAAUGCUCUGCAUUCCGAAGAAUUCUUGCGACGAGGUAGAAUGAAAAGAGAAACGAAAACGACAUCUCUUCACGCAUAGGUAAAUCAAAUGCGUGGUUAUCUCAACUAACCAAACAGAGUUUAUGCGUAUUAGCGUAAACACAAGUGACGCGACCUGUAUUCGCGAAGACGACAGUUGAUCGUGGCAAAGGCCGGUAGAAACCAACUGAAGACAGUGAAAAAAGCAGUACAAAAGCAGAACCUCUGAAAGGGCACCUUCAGGAAUCUCGCACUGGUCGGCUUUUUGUCUUUGUUGCCAUUGCGUAGUAGUAUGUUGACGCUAUUGUUAGGUUUAUUAUUCUUGAAAAGUGUUCAGUAAUGAUAGCAACAAAAAAACAUUCGCUAACUAAAACUACCAAACGUAUAUGCAUGUUAUCUUACCAUCAUUUUUGCAUAAUAUGUUCAGCUGUUUCACGCAUUUCUUCACAAGCGCAUUUUUUUCAUUGCGAGACGUCGCAGUCGCGAAUGAAAGUUCAAACACUUUCAUUCUGUUAUUGGCUUUUUGUCAUCAUUAGAGGAAAUACACAUAUUUAACCUCAUGAACUGCGCACUAUGAAAACGUACGUAGAUGGUCACUAAACUUGCGGUUAUAUAAACUUGCUUGUCUCGAUACUGGGCAUGAACUGGUGAAGGGGCUAUGCAUGGGGAAGGCGCUCGCAGCCGGCACUGGUGCCUACUCAUGUGUUUCUUUAACAAAAAAGUGUUUUAUGCCCGGGUUCAACCAGGCUCCGCUGACGUACCUUUGUCACACGAAAAACCUCUGUUGAAGACUUCUGUCAUGAAAGUGAUGGUAAAAAGUAUUGCUACGUGGCUGACAUAUUAGCGAUAGUAAGAAGUUGCUAACAAAAAAUGAGAAUAGAAACAUUUGUCGCAAAAACUCUAACGAUCACCUUCAUGAAUCUCAGCACGCGGCGCUAACCACUACGCCACAAAGCCACGUUCGUGGGAGUGCAAACGGCAAGCCAUUUAUAUACACCACACGCCAUUUGGCAGCCCUCAGAGCUUCAAAACUUUAGCGUGUUCUCGUUAUCAGUGGCGAGCUAGCACGAAGUUCUCACAUUCCACGUGCCCUUAAGUUCGCCGCCUCCACGAAGCCCCGCCCCCAUGAACCUGUGGAGCGCGGUCUCACCCGCGCGCCGCUUAUCUCGUAAUUCGAGAGAUGACAAAGGUCACUUUGCACGCGGCCACAGCCGCGUUCAAGAAAGUAGCGUGCUGCCAACACACUACGCCGUAAAAAUUGUGGCAAGUCCACGCUUGUCAUGUGUACGCUAUUUUCGUGUGUGCUUUCUGCUUGGGGUGUGCGCUGCAAGUUUUGAGCUGCGUGCUGUUCCUAACGUGACUUCGAAAUUUGUUGCUGUUACUGAAACAAUGCACAAUAAACGUCCAACUACCCCUGUAAA